AUGAAUUCCAACAACUCCAAUUCGAACAAGAAACCCUCCAUGUCGUACGUCCCGCCCCCCCCUCCCAGCCACCCAGACUCCUCGAAGCAGUCCCAAGCCACGCGCGCGCGUGCGCACACACACCACCCGACGUCGCUAACGCCGCCCUCUCCCCGUCCCCGUCCCCUUCCCCACCCCCUCCCUACCCUACCAGCGAACUGAAACUACGCCGUCUGACCGAACACAACCAACGGUUACGAGAGGAUUUGGAACGACAACGGGUUAGAGUUUCCGAGGCGAGCGCGAGGUAAGUUUUCGGGUUCGAAUGGCGCACGCUUAUUUAGGAUUGGAGGCCGUCGGCGCACCCGCUUCUUAGAGCGCCUCGACCCGGUUACGGCCGCUCAGCGCUCAGCGCUCAGCCCCCCUUUGUGGCCUCGGUCGGCUCAUAAUGCGAUCAUGUUAUGUCCGACGCACGUGAGCGGCCCGCCCGGCCUUCGACGACGACGCUCCCUACCCCACAACAACGAAGGACUCGUGUACAACCAACGACUUGGUCACAAAACCCUAUCCCCCUCAUGACCCUCAACUUGCUAAUCCAAUCGCUUCGUGUCGUUCCACCCCCCGCCCUAGCUUGAUCCGGUAUUGCAAGACGACGCGCGACUACCUCGUGCCUUCCGUCUGGGGGCCGGUCGAGAAGGGUGCAGAUCCGUACGCCGCCGCGGCUUCGGGAGGCGGUGGGGGGUGUUGCAUGAUUCAAUAA